AGUAUCACGCGAAGCUUCCAGAGAACAGUGCUGUGGAUCCUAGUUUCGGAUCCAGCUUGGUGCGGUUGUUUUUCGGCACGGGGGGCUGUGUAUAAAUUACCUUUCGGAUCGCGGGCAGCAGGGGAUUGGCUCCCUCCUGAGAGAAUGUUCUAUUCUGCUCAGGUUCGCACGCCACCGUGGGCUACGAGGAGAUUUUUCAGAACUGUCACUCGGAUUUGCCAGAGCCGUUCUCCAGGACUAAGAGCCAGUCCAAAGGAUCAAGAUAUCAAGUUAGCAGGAACAGGACGACCGAGGCAGGCUUGCGGGAAAAUACGCGGGAUUUAUAUGGCGCCUCCUACCAUUGUUCGGGACAAACAGGAACAUCCUGACCAGCGAGAAAUACCCUAG